AAUGUUGUCGGAACGUCUUUGCAAAAAUACUACUGGCGAACGACAUUGAGUGAACGUCAAUUACUACAUGUGCAACGUUGAGAUGUACGGGUGUGGAUAGUUACAGUCUCCCAUGAUGCUGUGGAAAAAGCUGUCCAAUCUGAGCAGCUGGACUGUAUAUAUAUCCAACAGCAGAUUGCCCUUUCUGUCUGCAUAUUGUCAGUACUGCACCAGAGGACUGACAUAUUUGGUGUGUUCUGGAACCUUUCGUGCCUGUAACAACCAGCUCCUCUGUCAGCGAAAAAGCCUGCAGCAUGUUCUGUCUCGGGUCCAGGGAAUGAAGAGGGGUCACAAUCCUUUCACCAAACACCAGAAGGAAGAAUGGCAGAAGAGAAAUAAAACAGUGCUGACAUACAUUGCAGCAGCUGGAGUUGGGAUGAUUGGUCUGUCCUAUGCAGCAGUGCCGCUUUACAGACUCUAUUGUCAGGCUACGGGACUGGGAGGUACGGCUGUUGCAGGACACAGUUCAGAUCAGAUAGAAAACAUGCAGCCAGUAAAGGACCGUGUGCUGAAAGUCACCUUUAAUGCAGAUGUUCAUGCCAGCUUGCAGUGGAAUUUUCGUCCCCAACAGACAGAAAUAUAUGUAGUUCCAGGAGAGACUGCCUUAGCUUUUUAUAAGGCAAAAAAUCCAACCAACAAGCCUAUAAUUGGGAUUUCUACCUACAACAUUGUUCCCUUUGAAGCUGGCCAGUAUUUCAACAAAAUCCAGUGUUUCUGUUUUGAAGAACAGAGACUCAACCCCAGUGAAGAGGUGGACAUGCCUGUCUUCUUCUAUAUUGACCCUGAGUUUGACACUGAUCCUCGAAUGGCAAAUGUGGACACCAUCACACUUUCCUAUACAUUUUUUGAAGCUAAAGAUGGACAUAAGCUUUCUCUACCUGGAUACAGUUAACUAGUCAGAAAGGUAAACAGAUAAUGACCUGUAAUUUAAUCUCUUGAAAAGAAAAACUUUUUUUUUGCUUUUUAAGUAAAGUCAAAACUGUUCUUUGAAUUUAAUGGAAACAUUUUAGAAGAAAAUAAACGGAAGUCAGAAGAUAAAAAUGUA